ACGUGGGAGACUACCGAGACCGCGGACUCUUUCACGCAGAUCAUGAUCGACGCGGGUCUCAAGUACGACGAGGUUUCAAACGGCCUCGAGGGGCGCCAGCAGGCUGGCGAAAGCGUCGACUUCAGGGCAAGAGGGCCGCCGCACUUGCAGGUCUGGGGGGCGCUCGCCAUGAGUUUAGCGAAUCAGAUGGGCACCUUCCUCGUCGGCAGCGAGACCUACAGGGAGAGCGAGAAGAAGGCCUUCUACGAGUACUUCCAGAAGCACCUGGAGAAGAAGGGCAGGCCCACCUUCGCCUUUUCGUACGACGAACCAGGCAGGGAGGCGAGGUCGCUGCUGAUCCAGUUCUUGAACUCGGACAAGGCCGGGGCGACGCAGCUGGCGGGGCCCGCCCCGAGGUGCCCCCUCGAGCGCGAGGCGGCGAGGCCCCUCGCGAUCUUCGAGAAGGGCGGCGGCAAGGACAAGGAUCAG